GCUCCGUGGAAGGGAGCCUAGCGGUAGGCAGCGGCUGCGAGUCCCCGAUACCGGGCGCCUCACAUUUCCGUGGCAUUCCCAUUUGCUAGUGCGCUGCCGCGGCCGCACGCCUGAUUGAUAUAUGACUGCAAUGGCACUUUUCCAUUUGACAUUCUCUCUCUCUCUCCCUCUCUCUCUGCCUCUCUCUCUCUCUCUCUCCCUGUGUCGCUUAAACAACAGUCCUAACUUUUGUGUGUUGCAAAUAUAAAAGGCAAGCCAUGUGACAGAGGGACAGAAGAACAAAAGCAUUUGGAAGUAACAGGACCUCUUUCUAGCUCUCAGAAAAGUCUGGGGAGAAAGGAGCCCUGCGUUUUCCCCCAAGCUGUGCCUCAGAUACAGUGAUGAUGGAUUGCGAGUGCAAACAGUAAGACGAAACUCCGGCAUACAAAGGACAAUGACAACCAGAAAGCUCCAACCAGAUCCUGCCCUUUCCUUGAAAGGGACUGGAGCCUAGGAGGUGAAGGCAUUUCCAGUUGUUAGUCCUUUGCCUCCCUCUGCUGUCCCUCUUGAGAAGUCUUCCCUCACAACAAUGAGAAAUCAUGUACUAGCUGCAUCCUUUUCUAUGCUCUCCCUGCUGGCGCUGAUGGGAGAUACAGACAGCAAAACAGACAGCUCAUUCAUGAUGGACUCCGAUCCUCGACGCUGCAUGAGGCACCACUAUGUCGAUUCUAUCAGUCACCCGUUGUACAAGUGUAGCUCCAAGAUGGUACUCCUGGCCCGGUGCGAGGGGCACUGCAGCCAGGCGUCACGCUCCGAGCCCUUGGUCUCCUUCAGCACUGUCCUCAAGCAGCCCUUCCGCUCCUCCUGUCACUGCUGCCGGCCCCAGACGUCCAAGCUGAAGGCACUGCGGCUGCGCUGCUCUGGGGGCAUGCGACUCACGGCCACCUACCGGUACAUCCUCUCCUGUCACUGCGAGGAGUGCAGCUCCUGA